CCAUUGGCAUUCACUGCGGCUACUAUAACAACUGUUGACAGGCGAAUUAUUAUUGUUUGACCGAAUGAAUAUCAAUAUUUGAUGGGCUGCCGAUGAUCGAUACGGCAGCACUCUAUGCAACAUAUAUCAGUGUUUUUUAUUUAGCCAUCCAUCCUGCGCUUGCGCACGCAACAUGUUUGCCCCGAACAAAUCGCCGAUUUACCUGCGCCACUGACCGUCCUUACCGAAUCGGCGCUUAUCGUAAUUUUAACGUUCUGAGUGGUCCCAGUUAACCAGCGGAUACCGGCAGUAUUUAUUAUUAAUUAUUAAUAAGGAUUAAUUGGCCCGGAUACGCCUGCUCUUGGUCAACAUCUCGGCACUAUCGGUAUAGGCUAUAGCCGAUUGACUGAAUGACCGGAAGUGGAUUUUGUAAGGCGCCCAGAUAGCCGUGUGUGGACGCGUUACUGGCCGCCACUGAUCUCUAGUUAAUCAUGGUAUUCCCCGAAGGAAAACUUGCCUGGUAUAGCGUGUUGUUGCUCGUUCCCCUGAUACUCUUGUGUGGGAAACGGGAAGUGUCAUCGGCCAGCGCGAUGACGCCGUGUCCGGCCGGCAAGCCCAACGGGCUGUACCCGCACCCGACGGACUGCGGCGCCUUCAUCACGUGCCUGGACGGCACUUACCACAUCCAGGCCUGUCCCGAGACGCUGCACUUCAAUCCCGAGGACCAGGUCUGCGACUGGCCCGACAACGUCCGCUGCCUCUCAGCGACCCCGCAAGAACUGGCUUCGUUCAACCAGUACGGCGCCGGGCACCCGGGCGGGCGCAUCAUGGCGCGGCUGGUGGAGCAGUUCAACAAGGGCGACCUGUCGUUCCAGUGCCAGACGGAGCAGGCCAGUGUGCCGCUGGAGCAGGACUGCGGGCUCUUCGUGCGUUGUCAGCAGUGGCGUAGUUUCCUCGUCACCUGUCCCGAACAGUGGAUGUUCAGUCCGAAGGACGGCCGGUGUGUGCCGGAGUCCGCUCUGCCCGACACGGCGCACUGCGUCCGCCGCGCCGACUUCCGUUGCCCCACCGCCCAGGGCAUCUUCCCCGACCGCCGCGAUCGCAGAAAGUACUACAACUGCUGGAGCUUCCGGUGGUACCAUCAAACCUGCCCCAAAGGUCUGGUGUUCAACGACAAGCAGAAAUGGUGCGACUACUCGUGGAACAUGGACGAGCUGCCGCCCGCCGGGAGCGCCGACAGCGCCGGGAUCCCCGUGGCCGAGCUUCAACGACCCAAUCCCGCCGGAUCGGGCAUGCAGCCGGGCAACAACAACGGCGGCUCGCAAAUGUCCAUCACGGCGCAGCUGCCGCCCAGCGGCGGUUUCCCCGUUCUCAACAACAACUUCCUCCCGCAAAACGAUCCUCCGCUGCAGAACAACGCCGGGGGAGUGUUCCUGCAGAACCAGCAGCCUAUGCGUGCGGACGACGGCCUGCCGCACUUCGACGGUCGCGUGGUGAAUGCAGACGGGAACGUCCUGGCCCAGGGCGUCAACUUCGCCGUGCAGAGCCAUCCACACUUCACUUCGCAGCACCAACAACCGCAGCUGCAGAGUAACGGGCUUAUGGAUCCAUUUCUGCAGUCGAUGCCGGGGAGUAACGGGGACUUCCGCGGAGACUGGAAAUCCGGCUUCCCGGAUGGAGGUCACCAUAACCGCGAGCGCUCCGGCUUCCAGGCGCACGAGCAGCAACUGCACGCUCCCGUCAACGAUGACCCGCACAUGGUGAUGGAUCCGGCCGUCGGGCCGUUGCCCGGCAUGCAGCAGCUCUUCCACGACUUCGUCCGCCAGCGUUUCCUGCCCAGCUACACGAUGGCCAACUCCACGCGGCACGGCAGUCACGUGGACAGCGCCGGCCACUCUGCUGAACGAGCGCAGCUAGCCGAAUCCGCCAGCCAACCGCGCAAAUUCCACAUCAACUUCCGCACACCGGAAACGCCGCUGCCGCCGCGCCACGCCGUCGACCUUGCAGAGCUGUCCGCCGCCAACGUCUCCGCCAAUAACACCGAGGCGCCGGAACCAUCACCGCUGAAUUCUAAUCUCCUCUCGUCGGCGCCGCAGCUGCGCAUCGUUCCCGCCCCGCUCCCGUCGCUGCCGGCCGUCCCCGUCAACGCCCUCGUCCCCGGCGAACUGCAGCCGGACUGGCAGAAGAAGCGCGUCGGGAUCCGCCGCUAUUUCAACAAUUCCGCCGCCGCCGCUAAACUCGCGCUGCCCUGGACGGAUCUAACGUUCAACCGCUAUCUGUCGUCGGUGCCGUUCGGAUGAUGUUGUUAGCCGCAGUAUUUAUCUUGUAUUAAAGCGCACUGGAACGUGAUUUUGAUGUGUUUGCAAAAGUACAUCAAAACGCUUC